GGUAUGAAUUAGUUUGUGUUCGUGGUAUACAUAGCAGUUGAGAUGUGCUUUGAAACUCUUACGAGAACUUGCGGCGCUGUUGAAGUGCUGGAUAUGCUUUCUUUGAUCAGAAAUUGUGAACGGCACACUUUGCCUACAUUAUUGUCAUGUUCACGAAGAGAUUUGGAUAUGUUAAAUUCGAUUGAAUGACGAAUUCUGAUUUGGUUUUCACCUGCAGCGUAUGAAAAUUUCAUCUUAUUUCACUUAAUUAUAUCACUAAUUUUAAGUCAUUGUGAAUGAAUGAAAUCUCGUUGAAAGCAAAAUGAGUCGUGGCACUAAAUCGACUUCAGAUUGCCCGCUACGGCGGAAGGCGGAGCAGAGCAAAACCCAUGGACGCCACUCACACGCUUCUGACGGUAGUGUAAUAGAAUUUCCUCCUUGUGAUUCCGAAGAAGAUCUCCUCAUUUAUUGUCUCAAACGUUCGUCAGUUUGUUCGAUGAAGGAAGACAUGUCUAAUGUUCCUGUGCAACGUCCUGACCCUCCUACGAGCCUCUCAUUGUCUCGUAACUGCCACCCGUCAUCGUGUUUAUCUCGGUCUCGUUCACGAAAAAAGUCCGUACCUUUCGGCAUUUAUAUCCCGGAACCGGGCAUGCCGGCACCCGAUCCCAACCAUGUCCCAGCAGAUGAUGACGAAGAUGAUGAAGUUUCAUGGCGAAGUUCUAACGAUAAUAUGCAGCAACAGACGCCCAGUGUACCUUCACAGUUUCGAUCCAUCUCGACGCCGGUACAUGUUUUCCGUGUAAAUACCGCGCACGAGUCCGGCUCGCCAUACCCCCGCAAAACGUCCGCACCGUUGCCCCUGAGGCGCCCGGAUCCUUGUGACAGGCUUUCGUCAUCUUGUGUGGGGAUGCAGCUUGAUUCUCCUCCGUCCAUUAUGGUCACGAGUCACAAUACCAAGCUUGAGUACGGGAGCGGAGGGCCGCUGUCGCCCGUGGGGCGGCGCAGUGUAGACGAAGGCUCGCUGUUGCACCGACGACGUGUGGGCCUCCACAGCAGACAGACGAGCUUUGAGGAACUCAGGCGACGCCGUGAUACCUUCACAUCUCCGAGCCUGCAUCACUUGUCUUCCAGCGCCCUGCAUCAUAGUGCAGGCGAUGGAGGCGGUAGCAGCAGCAGCAACUUGCUGCGUAUGCGCAGUUCUUUGCUGGGACAGUCCGCGCCUUCGCUGUCCGGGUCUACG